UCAGUGAGCAGUAGGUGCCUGUGCAAGCUCGCGCCGCACACUGCCUGCUGGAGGGAAGGAGCCCGGGCGCCGCUCGCCGCUCCCCGCGCCGCCGCCCGCACCUCCCCGCCGCCCGCCGCCCGCAAAGCAUGAGCGAGCCCGCUCUCUGCAGCUGCCCGAGGCGCGAAUGGCAGGCUGUCUCCGCGGAGUAAAAGGUGGCGCCGGUCAGUGGUCGUCUCCAAUGACGGACAUUAACCAGACUGUCAAAUCCUGGGGAGUCGCGAGCCCCGAGUUUGGAGUUUUUUUCCCCCACAACGUCACAGUCCGAACUGCAGAGGGAAAGGAAGGCGGCAGGAAGGCGAAGCCCGGGCUCCGGCACGUAGUUGGGAAACUUGCGGGUCCUAGAAGUCGCCUCCCCGCCUCGCCGGCCGCCCUUGCAGCCCCGAGCCGAGCAGCAAAGUGAGACAUUGUGCGCCUGCCAGAUCCGCCGGCCGCGGACCGGGGCUGCCUCGGAAACACAGAGGGGUCUUCUCUCGCCCUGCAUAUAAUUAGCCUGCACACAAAGGGAGCAGCUGAAUGGAGGUUGUCACUCUCUGGAAAAGGAUUUCUGACCGAGCGCUUCCAAUGGACAUUCUCCAGUCUCUCUGGAAAGAUUCUCGCUAAUGGAUUUCCUGCUGCUCGGUCUCUGUCUAUACUGGCUGCUGAGGAGGCCCUCGGGGGUGGUCUUGUGUCUGCUGGGGGCCUGCUUUCAGAUGCUGCCCGCCGCCCCCAGCGGGUGCCCGCAGCUGUGCCGGUGCGAGGGGCGGCUGCUGUACUGCGAGGCGCUCAACCUCACCGAGGCGCCCCACAACCUGUCCGGCCUGCUGGGCUUGUCCCUGCGCUACAACAGCCUCUCGGAGCUGCGCGCCGGCCAGUUCACAGGGUUAAUGCAGCUCACGUGGCUCUAUCUGGAUCACAAUCACAUCUGCUCGGUGCAGGGGGACGCCUUUCAGAAACUGCGCCGAGUUAAGGAACUCACGCUGAGUUCCAACCAGAUCACCCAACUGCCCAACACCACCUUCCGGCCCAUGCCCAAUCUGCGCAGCGUGGACCUCUCGUACAACAAGCUGCAGGCGCUCGCGCCCGACCUCUUCCACGGGCUGCGGAAGCUCACCACGCUGCAUAUGCGGGCCAACGCCAUCCAGUUUGUGCCCGUGCGCAUCUUCCAGGACUGCCGCAGCCUCAAGUUUCUCGACAUCGGAUACAAUCAGCUCAAGAGUCUGGCGCGCAACUCUUUCGCUGGCUUGUUUAAGCUCACUGAGCUGCACCUCGAGCACAACGACUUGGUCAAGGUGAACUUCGCCCACUUCCCGCGCCUCAUCUCUCUGCACUCGCUCUGCCUGCGGAGGAACAAGGUGGCCAUUGUGGUCAGCUCUCUGGACUGGGUUUGGAACCUGGAGAAAAUGGACUUGUCUGGCAACGAGAUCGAGUACAUGGAGCCCCAUGUAUUUGAGACCGUGCCGCAGCUGCAGUCCCUGCAGCUGGACUCCAACCGCCUCACCUACAUCGAGCCCCGGAUCCUCAACUCUUGGAAGUCUCUGACAAGCAUCACCCUGGCCGGGAACCUGUGGGACUGCGGGCGCAACGUGUGUGCCCUAGCCUCGUGGCUCAGCAACUUCCAGGGGCGCUACGAUGGCAACUUGCAGUGCGCCAGCCCGGAGUACGCACAGGGCGAGGACGUCCUGGACGCGGUGUACGCCUUCCACCUGUGCGAAGAUGGGGCCGAGCCUACCAGCGGCCACCUGCUCUCGGCCGUCACUAACCGCAGUGAUCUGGGGCCCCCUGCCAGCUCGGCCACCACACUCGCGGACGGCGGGGAGGGGCAGCACGACGGCACAUUUGAGCCUGCCACCGUGGCUCUCCCCGGCGGCGAGCACGCCGAGAAUGCCGUGCAGAUCCACAAAGUGGUCACGGGCACCAUGGCCCUCAUCUUCUCCUUCCUCAUAGUGGUCCUGGUGCUCUACGUGUCCUGGAAGUGUUUCCCAGCCAGCCUCAGGCAGCUCAGACAGUGCUUUGUCACGCAGCGCAGGAAGCAAAAGCAGAAACAGACCAUGCAUCAGAUGGCUGCCAUGUCUGCCCAGGAAUACUACGUUGAUUACAAACCGAACCACAUUGAGGGAGCCCUGGUGAUCAUCAACGAGUAUGGUUCGUGUACCUGCCACCAGCAGCCCGCGAGGGAAUGCGAGGUGUGAUUGUCCCAGUGGCUCUCAACCCAUGCGCUACCAAAUACGCCUGGGCAGCCCGGACGGGCGGCGGGCACCAGGCUGGGGUCUCCUUGUCUGUGCUCUGAUAUGCUCCUUGACUGAAACUUUAAGGGGAUCUCUCCCAGAGACUUGACAUUUUAGCUUUAUUGUGUCUUAAAAACAAAAACGAAAUAAAACACAACAACAACAACAACAACAACAAACCCACCCCACAACCUUCAGGACAGUCUAUCUUAAAUUUCAUAUGAGAACUCCUUCCUCCCUUUGAAGAUCUGUCCAUAUUCAGGAAUCUGAGAGUGUAAAAAAGGUACCAAUCAUUGAUUUUUUUUUUUUUUUGUAAACUAAAAUGUUUAAAAUAAAAUAGCAUUUACAGUUUUUACAGACUGGUGUAACCUAAAUGAAUUGUUAACUGUGUUACAAGAAAAGCAACAGUUAAAAUUUUGGGGAGGUAGGGUGCAGAGGGGAGUUGUCCAGAGGCCAGAGGGAAGAUCCAGGAGCAAAGUAGUCAGAUUCAAUUUGAAAUUUUAAAGAAGGGCAAACAAAGCUUAUCAGAUUAAUGAUUUAUGUUAAUAUACUCCACGUGAGUAAGGACUGGAAAAAAGAAAAAGAGCAGGACCCUUUAUAUUAUUGGGGCAGAGACAGUGCAAUCUAACCACCUUCAGGCAAGUGAGAGGUGGACUGAGGACUGGGCAUCAUUGCUCAGCCUUUAAGGCAGAGAGCUUUGCAAAUGGCUUUUAAAAGGAAGUGCCAGACAGUGUAACCAGUGUAACCUUAACAUAACCAUCUUUCAAAUCAGAUCAGAAUCUCAUCCCCAAAUAACACCUGUUCUUAAUUCUCCUGAGUCUUUGAUUCACCAGACACAGUAGCAUUUGUGCCCUUCCCAUACCCUCCUGUGUUAAAGGGAACCCCUCAGCUCACUGCUGGCUGAGGGUAAGCAGGCGGAAUCCCGAUGUUCAGGGCUGAAAGCUGUGCUUCUGGAGCACAUUGCUAAGACUGCAGCAAGCUUAGGCUCCCAUCAGUGACAGCACAUUCCUAGUUUCUAUGGGGAAUGAGGAGAAAAGCCUACCUCAUGAUGAAUGCCUGCAGGGUAAUGACUUGUAGCAAGAGACUUCAGGGGCAGAGGUGACAGAGCUGUGAUGGGGGUGGAAAGAGUGGGAGAAGAUAAUCAUUUGAUCCUGUGUUUGCAUAUUUCUGAGAUGGGAAUAAUUUGUUAGCCCGGGACAAAAAAAGCUGCCUCUUCUCAGAUUGCCCUUUUGUAUAAUGCUUGCUUUCCCUGUUUCUUUCUUUUUUUCUUUUUUCUGUGUCUGGAUUGAUGAUUGCUCCUUCUCACCUCUCAUAGGUUUCCAAGUCCAUCAUUAAGAUUUCAGUUUCUGUUGAACUAAGGGUGAGGAGGUGGUGGCAGUGGCAGUGGGUGGGUACAGAGAAGGGAAGGGGAAGGCUGUGUGCAUUGGACGGAGGGGGUCCUUCAUCAGAUGACAAUUCAAGCAAAUGUAUGAUUGAAAUAAACUGUCGUGAAUGA